GCCCCCUCUCGUAGGCGACCUGAAUGAUACACUACGAAGGUCUCGUUGGACAAGUCAGCCAGGCAGGCUCUGCACACUCUAACAAGGCAAUGAAAAAGGGGCUGCCUUACUAGCAUGAACCAUUCUUUGACACUCACCUCAGCAGAAACUUUCUCUCUACCUUCGACAGUGACUUUAGUUUCAAAUCCACUGCACACAAAAGUACAGCAAGAAAAAUUAAUUUUGCUCAUGCCAAAUUAUCAAGUCACAAAACAUUUUCACAUAAUGAUUUUCGAGAGUGAGCAUUUUCCCACAAACUCGCGAAAGCAACUUAUUGUUCUAUACCUUUCUCAUCCAUUA